AAGACAUUUCUUUAUGGAGCCAUCCUAAUAGCUGUCCAUGAUAGCUGAGGACAGAGGGAUUUCCAACUUCCGUCUCGUUCAGCCCCAAAUGGAAUUCAUUUGUGCCUGCGUUAUCCAAAAGCUGGAGGCUGGACAGGAUGGUUGGCUCGAAUCAGUUUUUUACCCAUGGACUGGACUCAGUUCAACAAGAUUCCUGCAGCAAAACUUAUCGGAACUUGUCCCAAAAAUGAUUCUAUUGAAUAGUGGAAGCCUCAUUGAAAAAGUAGCUGCUGCUCUUAAUGAGAAAGUGGGAGGAUUAUGCAUUCGCCAAAUUGACCAUAUUUUGGCAGCCAUCUUUUUACAACUGGAAGAACAGAACUUUCAGCCUUGUAUCGAGCUUUUGAGAGGGCUUAUAAUACAGAUUGAGGACGACAUGGAUGGCACUUUAGCACGCUCGCUAGACAUUGUAGAGCUCACAACCCUAUCGAUAGAGGGACUUUUAUGUUGUCUAAGCGCUGAGCUUGGUAAUGAGGAUGCAGCUAAGCGAGAUAAAGCUAGAACGACGAUUGAGAUUGUCGAGAGUUAUGCAUGGAAAAGAAUGAAGCUAGGUGCUCAAGGGAAAGCUGUCGAGCGACCUUCUCUCGCGGUAUUCCUUCGGCGUCACGUCCUUGCCAUUAUGUCGGAAGUCAACAGCGUUAUUCUUGACCGAAUGAAUACUAUGACAUUGAGAACAAAGGCUAAAACCCUUAGGAGUCUGAUCCUUUUAGUGCAUAUGCUCAAUCCGAUCCAGAGCUCGGUCUUGUCGCAGAUAUUCUCGCCUUUAAACAUCGCUUUAGAUAUUCGCGGUCUGAGGAUCCAUGCACUCCAUGCUAUUAAUGGGAUUGUAAACCUAGUAGAUGCCAAGCAGCUCGAUGUCAUGCUUCCUCAUAUUUUUCAGACACUCACCAAACGCUAUAGUGAGUCCAGCACCAAGGAGAAGGGCGUAAUAUUGAGAAUUUUCGAGCAUCUCGUAUUCCACAAACAAGAUGGUCUCCAGAACAUCCUCCCAGAAGUGGGUGCACUUCCAAAUCUCCCUGAAUUUCUAGAGAUGAAUAAUCUUAUCCAGGCACUUAAGGAAAAUGGAGAUUUUGAGCAUCAGAUUCGCCUCUUCAUCAAGCGCUCUGGUAAUGAGAAUGAAGAACUAGCAGAACAGGCUCUUCUUGAACUAACACAAUUCCUAAAGUCCAGGACGAAAGAGUUAUUGUCGUUAGUCGCUACCAAGGAGCCACAAAUUGAUCCUGUCCUUAGGGAGCUAAUCCAUGCACUUCUCACUGGGAUCGGGAGGUUUCGAGGCUCGGACGCCCCAGUGCCACGCCGAUGUGUCGAGUGCUUGGGUAUCAUUGGGGCUAUCGAUCCUGCCAAAUUAUCAGCAAUGCGAAUGAUUCCGACUCCGCCUGCACUAGUCAACUUUCAUGAUCCAGAGGAUGCAAAAAACUUUGUGUGUGAGAUGAUCGAGGUACAGCUAGUAGGCAAGACGCGCUCCAUCGGCGAUAUUCAUUCCGAGGCCCAUUGGGCAUACACCUUGCAGACGCUACUGGCCUUUUGUGGCAUCACCAAAGGGGCUUUAAAUGCCGAGCCUUCAAGGCCACAUGGGCAUGCAGCAAGACAGCCGUCUGCAAAAUCGCCAGGAGACCGAUGGAGAGCUUUUCCACGUCAUGUCCAAGAAGUCCUGGAGCUACUCAUCGAUGCCAAGUAUACCAAAGCAGAAUCAACCUACCAGAGAAUACACCCAAGUCCCCUCUAUCCCCGAGUGGAGACAUUCAAGGAUUGGAUCACAACAUGGGUUUUAGAUCUAAUUGGCAAGGUGACAAGCCGAUAUGCAAAGGACAUCUUCCAAGCAUGUAAGCAUGUUGUUCCAUACGACACCAACACUUGUUUGUAUAUCCUACCUCACCUUGUCCUUACGGUGCUAGUCGAUGGCUCCGACAAAGACAGGGAAGAGAUUGUUAGUGAGAUGGGUACCGUACUUGGAAAUGGUCAUGGCUGGAGGCAGGACGGUGCGGAUAAAAACCAUGGAGCCAUUCAGCAACAUUCAGGAGAGCUUAGGCAGCUUGGAUCACAGACUGUGUUUGCUCUUUACGACCAUAUCGUGAAGUGGAUCCAAACUGCUAAGAACCUAAGCGCAAAAUCAUCUGUAAUGCGCUACACCACGACAGCCGAUGUGCCCCAACCCUUUUCAAUGCGGCAACAAGAUAUUGCGGCUCUUGAAGUAGUCCAGGCUCAGCUCACCUCGAUCUCAAAUGAUAUAAUUGCAAUGGCAGCGUUUCGUGCAAAAGCCUAUGCCCGGGCGCUCUUGCAUUAUGAACAGUACGUUCGCGAGACAAGACAGAAUCGUGGAAUCAUUGAAUCUGAUGUCCAGACGAUGUAUGAGAAGUAUCAGGAAAUUUAUGUACAUAUGGAAGAGCCUGAUGGUAUGGAGGGCAUAUCCACCAUGAUUACUAGUGGCACUCGAACACAAAACCUACUUCAAUGUGAAAGUGCAGGGCGAUGGAGUGAAGCGCAAUCGUACUAUGAGCUUGGUAUACAAGAAGAACCGGAGAAAUUUGAGAAUCAUGCUGGUCUUUACAAGUGCCUGGAGAACCUUGGACACUAUAACACUCUGUUAUCUACCGUGGAAGGCGACAUAAAAGACAAUCCAGAUUGGGAGCAGCAACUUACAGAAUGGCGGGUUUCGUCAGCAUGGAAGGUGCAAAAUUGGGAUUCACUUGAAGCAGCACUUUCUCGUUCUGUUCAUGCGAGUUUUGACGUUGGACUUGGACAGUUGCUGUUAGAUAUGCGCGAAAAUCGAGUGUCUGAUUUUGAAAAAAACUUACAGCAUGUCAGGAGCAUGAUGAUUGCACCUUUAGCAGCUGCUAGCAUGGAAUCCUACCAGCGUGCAUAUGAGCAUAUUGUGCGGCUUCAUAUGCUACAUGAACUAGAAGAGGCAUUCAAGAUUGCGAAUGAACGAUUCGAGAUAGCAACAGACCACGUCAUGCUUGAGCCCCAUCAAAUCAAUAGCUCCUUUGUACAUUGCUUGCGUGAAUAUCAGCCCGCGCUUGACGUACGCUUCGAAUCUAUGGCGCCUUCAUUCCGCUUACGCGAGCAAGUGUCUACACUUAGACGCAUUGCAUUUUACACCAUCUGUAUUCCGGAUACGAUAAGUCAUGAGGAGCUGUCAUUCCUCAAUGCUUCGUGCGGAGAGCUUUGGUUGCAGUCUGCACGGAUGGCUCGCAAGUAUGGUCAUGGUCAGGCCUCUUAUGCUGCCAUGCUCAAUGCAGAGAGCCUGAAGAAUCGAUCCGCUACAAUUGAGCGAGCGAAAUACGAAUUUAUUCACAACAAUGAGCGCCAAGCCAUUAAAACUAUUGAUUUGACUCUCAGUCGCACAAUGCCUGGGGCCAGCGCUUUACAAAGCUCUGGGACGAGGGCGUUAUCCUCUACUCGGCUCAGACAAGCUUCUAAUAGCGUGCAUCGCGCACCGUCGUUUAAUACAGAGCUUAUGCGUGUCUACGACCAUGUUGUCAAUACCAAUGAUACAGGAUACAUUCGGGCAAAAGCUCAUCUCUUGCGUACACGGUGGAUGGACAGAGGUAAUUUGGUUAGCCCAAAUGAAAUCCUGGAGGGGUAUCGACAGGCAACUGUUGAGGCAGAUCGUUGGGAAAAAGGCUAUUACUUUGCUGGUCAGUAUUUCCUAAAGUUGUACGAAAAUUCGAAGCGAUACAAGAAUCGAAUACCAACAUUCACACAUAUGACAAACGCCUGCAGACUUUAUGGUAAAGCUUUGACUCUCGGUCCCAAAUACCUCUUUCAGGCGCUACCAAGGCUUUUGACAUUUUGGUUGGAGCUAGGCCAGUUAGCACAAGGGCGACCAGCAACCAGUCCUGUAUUGCAGGCGAGUGCCGCUACGGAGUUUCAGAAUGUCAACAAACUCAUGCAAAACCUGUCAGGGAUGCUUCCAGAGUAUAUGUUCCUUUCGGCUUUUCCACAAAUCAUUUCCCGCAUGUUUCACAAGAACACAGAUGCCUUUGCGGUCCUUCAGCAUAUUAUUGCGAAUGUAGUUCUAGCUUUCCCUCAUCAAGCUAUUUGGCAAAUGGUGUCAGUAUCACGCUCUAUCGUACACGAAAGGAAACGAGUGUGUAACAAAAUAUUAGAUAGCAUUCAAUUUCAGCCGUUAAUCGGGUCAUCUGUGAUGGGUCAGAUCAAAGAAGCUUUGGAUCUCUGUGACAAUCUGAUUACAUUGUGUAUGGCAGCAGUGCCUGACAAGGUCGACAAACUGAGCCUACAGAAGAAUUUCCCGAAAGUCUAUACGCAACUGGGAGAGAACUACAACUUGACGGUCCCGUGUCAGGCAACAAUGUGGCCCUCAAUCCCGGAAUCGAGCGCCACUAUGGCAUCGCAUCAAUCAUUCAAAUCCAACCUACCGAAAAUUAAUCGGUUCUUGGACGAGGUUGAGGUCAUGUCAUCACUGCAACGGCCACGAAAGAUAACAAUUGUUGGUAGCGAUGGAGUACGGUACACAUUCUUAUGCAAGCCUAAGGAUGACUUGAGAAAGGAUGCCAAGGUGAUGGAGUUUAACGGUUUGGUUAACAUGCUACUCCAACGCAACCGUGGAGCAAACCGCAAAAACCUAUAUAUCCGUACUUAUUCUGUGAUUCCCUUGAACGAAGAAUGUGGACUUAUUGAAUGGGUGCACAAUACAAUCCCAUUCCGACAUAUUAUGCAAAAGCAAUAUAAAAUGAACAACAUUUCUAUGCCCUCGCUCCCUGAGAUCAAACGAAUUUUAGAUCACGAGGAUCAUGUAAGGAUGUUCGUCAAGGAUUUGCUUCCCAAAUUCCCGCCAGUUUUUCAUCAAUGGCUUUUGGAUAUCUCGAAAGAACCUACUGCUUGGUUUGAGACAAGACUUCGAUACACGAGAACGACUGCGGUCAUGUCAAUGGCUGGACAUGUCAUGGGUCUUGGUGAUAGGCAUGGAGAAAACUUGUUAUUUGAUCAUCGUAAUGGUGAUAUCGUACACGUAGAUUUCAACUGCCUGUUUGAACAAGGCAAAACUUUCCCCAAGCCAGAAAGGGUUCCCUUCAGACUUACUCAAAACAUGGUAGAUGCAAUGGGGCUAGCAGGAUAUGAAGGGGUGUACCGCUUAGCAUGUGAGCAAACGCUAUCGGUCUUUCGAGACAACAUGGAGUCCCUUGUGUCUGUGCUUGAGGGUUUUUUACAUGAUCCGCUGGUGGAGUGGGCCAAGAGUAAACGUCGAGGCCAGCAAAUUCAAUUGGAUCCUAGGCAGAAUGUGGCUGGUGAUGGUGGUGCUGUACCGGGAGCUUUGAAUGAUGGAUUAGGAGGAGGAGAUGGAGCAGUACCGGGUGUUGCAGAAGAAACGCGUGCACGUCUUCGAACUAGGAACGAACAAAAAGCUAAAGCAGAUGCGGCUGCGGCUGCGGCUGCGGCGGCUGAAGCAGCAGCAGACCUACAACAGAAUGAAAAGGCACAGACGAUUCUUGCAGUGAUCAAGCGUAAGCUCAAUGGAACCGAAAGUUUGAAUGCAUAUGUGCUAUCUGUACAGGGUCAGGUGGAAGAGUUGAUUCAAACGGCAACAAACGCAGAAAACCUUUCAAAGAUGUAUAUCGGAUGGAGUGCAUACCUUUAAAUAAUAAUAAUAAAAACAUACGUGUGCACAUAUUAUAUUCAUUCGCUCUAGCAAAGAGUUUAUUAAUGCUUU